AUGCAGGACGGCACUGAUAGGACAAGUGCUGCAGGUGAGAGUCUGCUAGGCUCUGAGAUCGAUUGGGGGUCUGAACCAAGUCCCUUUGAAAGCUGGGCUCUGCCUAGCAACGGAUCCGGUGAUCAAUCCUUUGAUCUCUUGCUUGCAAACAGCAGUGGGCCACGUGCAGACCCCAUUGAGGCCUCGAGGAGAUCCGAAGUUUCUUUUCCGGGGACUGAGGACGUGUCAUUUGAUCUUGCCUCGGGCUCUUCACAAGCCGCUUUUGGUCAUGUUGACACUGAGAGUGUUGGUGAGCUUUCUGAACCAGCACGGGGAUCCCUCGAGGCGCAACAGCAUCAGCCACUUGAUUCCGCAGGUUUCGUAAGCCACUUGCGUGCAGCAAACUUGAGUCUCCGAGAUGCUGAGCCGAAGUUCUUUUGGGAAGAAGGGUUCUGGUCUGAUUUCUUUAGUCCGAAGGUUGUGCCUGAAAGUGUGCUUCCAAAUUUCCGUGAUCGCAGGCCUGACCCAUUUGCUUUGCCUCCGCAGAGUACCGUGAAGCCUGUCGGCCCCGCACCUAACAAGAAAGCCAAAGUUGGUUUCAGUAACACCUUCCAGAAGGUUGUUAUCAACAGGCAGGUCAUCUCGUGGAAGGAUGCGCGCGAGGCUGCAUUCGAGACUUCGAUUAUCAAGUGGGUUGUUUUGUUCGGUUCUUGGGAUUGCGAGAAGGACCCCUUCCUUGCCGAUCUUGUGGGUCAAGACGAGUUAGUACAAAGGCGCAUUGUGGCUGAUUGCCUUGCACGAAAGGCACCAUCCACGUCGUUGAAGCGUGCAAACUCUUUGAUCAAACUCACCAAGAUUGCUACUCGUGCCAGUGUGCGCAUGCCUUUGGAAGAAUCAGAAUUGUACAACAUCCUUCAUGACGCAAAAGCAGGCGGCGCCCCUCUCUCCCAGCUCCGAGGCUUCAUGGAGAGCUGUACCUUUGUGAGGUUUGUCUUCGGGCUCGAUUUCCUCGAGGUUACUUGCAUAAGUAAGAGAUGUUGGGGUGUCACCGUGGCCCGCGCGGCUGCACCAGUGCGACAGGCUGAACCCUUGAGAGUGUCUGAUGUCAAGAAACUCCAUUAUGUGCUUAUGGAGGAUGGUGACGUGUGGAAUCGUUGCUUCGCAGGCUCAGCAUUGUUCUGCGCAUAUGGCCGAUGCCGAUGGUCUGACAUGCAGCAUUUAGACGGGUUCGAACUUGACUACUCGGACCUUCCAGGAUCUCCUGUUGCCUUCGUAGGAGGCGUCAUUGUCGUGCACAAAACAAUGAAUCUGCAAGGGCCCUUGCCUAGGUCCUUGGAGAUAAUUGCACCUGCGCAAGGUAUCAUUCAAGGAGACUGGGUGUCCUGCUGGCUAGCUGCCCGUGAAGCAGUCGGUUGCAAUUGGAGUUCAGGUCAUCCCGUCAUGCCAGCACCCAAUCAUUUGGGUGAGCCCACUGUCAGGGCUCUUGACAGUGAUGAGGCCGGAGCUUGGUUGCGUGUUCUGUUAAGCGACCGCGGGGAGCUUCGCACCACUUCUCAUUCAUUGAAAGCCACUUUCUUGAGCUAUUGUGCCAAAAGGGGAAUGAGUCACUUGGACAGGUUGGCUUUAGGCGGGCACUCGCAUGGUGCCAAGAGUGCAGAUACUUAUGCCAGGGACGCAAUGGCCAGGCCCUUGCGGCUGCUGCAAGGAGUCAUCCAUGAGAUAUCCCAAGGAAUCUUCGCUCCUGAUGCAAGCAGGGCAGGUCGGUUGUUGCAAGGGCAUGCAUCUUCGGAGUUGGGAAAAGAACUGGGUCACUUGGAAGCUUCUCAGCCAGUCGGCCCCGCUACCACAGCCGGGCCCUUGCCACGCGUCCCGAAAGACGAGGUCUUUUCUAUCAUGAGUUCAGACCUGCCAUCACCUUCUGCCGCUGAGGCCAGCGAGCAGUCGAGGGAAGUGCAGGACCAAUCAGAUCAGGCCUCUGGGGCCUCUGAUGAGGGCAGUGGUUCCGCAUCAGCGCCACCCACUGAAGAUGAAUUCACAGCCUUCGCAAGGCGAGUUAGUGGCGGUGAGGUGCCUUUGGGCACCGCCGCCCAGUUGAGGAGGUUGCACUUCGAAGCAGUCACUUUGGUCGUGGCGCAGCUCAAGCAGCAAGCAACAGCCGACCCGUCGGAAGCAGUGAAGAAAUUGCCAAUAGCAGAGAAACAGGCUCGCAUCGAGGAUCAGAAGAGAAGAUUGAGGGGCAUGGUUCUUGAAGAAGAAAUGGAACCAUCUUUUUCUUUGAUUGAUGCAUGCGCGCACAUGGUUGAACAAAAUCACAUUGUUUGGUUGCCACCUUCCAAGUGCACGAAGCGGGAUCAAGAAUUGAGAGCCGGUGUUAAGGAGCGAUCAAAGUUUCUUGUGGCUGCAGAGCAAGGAGUCACAUUGGCAGCGGCCCCAUCGUCUCAGUCUGCUGAUUGUGGCACUCCCCUUCAGAUGCAGUGGUGUCUUCAGAGACGAGGACUAGCACUUGACAUGAACCAGAUCAUAAGUUGGGAAGCCCACGAGCGCUGGGUUGCUUACUUGAUGCAGUCCCUUGCACGGGACGUUCCCCCAGGUUAUGCAAAAGUGAGUGUUGACCAACUCUUGAAGGCUGACAGCGAACUAUUCCUCCUGAUCUCCAAGGACGUUCGAAGGGUCAAGGUUGCAUCCGACGGGACGAUGGAGGCCGACAUUGCUCUGAACAAGUUGAAACACGAUAUCAGGGUGACGAUGCAUCUCCUUCCUUUACGUGUGGGAAACAAGGCAGUCGGAGUAGCACAGGUUGCAGAUGAUGGUGCAAGCCAUGACGAAGCAGCAGCUGCUAAGAAACGCCGGACCUUGGAAAAGAAAAGAGGUCUCUUGGCACCAGUGAAGACUGCAACCAUGCCUGCCGAAUUGCGCAUGUGCCCGUAUCAGACUGAUCAUUCUGGAAGCCUGGUCAUGGCCAUCACCAGUGUUGGCACGCUGGAAAAGGUGGCAAAGGUGCUGGGAAAGGAAAGAAAGGCGGCAAAGGGCACACUCAGAAGCCUGAUCCGCCACAAGACUCGCCGUUGCCGCAACCCCAAAUCAGAUGCAUCCCGCGUUGGCGAGCCCGCCACCGGGUGCUAUUCCGAAAGCUUCCAGAAGUCUGGUGUUGAUCCCGUUGAUGCCGGCCUCGGCGGCUCCGGGUCAACCUCGGAACAAGUUGGCAGCCCAAUGCAUUUCACUUUCGAGCCCUGCACCACUCUCGAGAGUAAUAACGACUGCCCUGCCGAAACUCUGGCGCGCCGAAUUUUGGCGGCCGGGGAGUGCACGGACGCUCAACUUCUCGAGUUAAUGGAUCUCUUGCCAUCGGAAAGAUUGGCCAGAGGCUCUGGACUUGCUCGUUCAGAGAAAUCCUUCACGACAGGUGUUUACGGGCAAGGUCCUUUGUCUGGAUUGAGGAAGCAUUGUACUAGCCACCCGGCUACGUCGAAGCUUCUCUUCAGCUUAGCAGCUCGCUUGUUUCCCGGUUUAUCUUUCACGACUGCCAGCUUGUUCUUCAAUGUCCAAACUUCAUUGCACUCCGACAGCGGCAAUUUGGUCGGUUCGGAAAAUGGAGUUGCAGCACUGAGUCGUUUCUCAGGUGGGCACAUCAAAGUUCAUACUGACCAUGGAGCAAUCCUGCUUGAUGUGGCCACCAAACCAGUCACUUUCGAUCCCACCCUGGAUGACGAGACAUGUGACUGGACCGAUGGUCCCAGGUUGGUCCUCGUCGUUUAUUCUGUGCGUGGCCUCGAGAAGUUGCCCGCUGCCGAUCUCCAACUAAUUAGAGGUUUAAACCCUUCCUUGCCUGUUGUAGGUCCCGGUUGUAAGCCUUGCCUUGACCUUAAGACAACAUCUGCCGUGGCAGGUGAUAAAGGGUUGGUGUUGCAAGUGUUCGCCGGCCCCGCGCGAUUCGCCCAGACCUUGCAGAAGAGCGGCUUCGACGUCCUGGCCUUCGACAAAAGCGGCACUAGAGCCCAAUUUCCGGUUCAGCCGUGGGACUUUCGUAGUUCCGAGGACGUCGAUCUCUUAUGUGGCAUUCUUUCGGAACAAGUUGAUCGCAUCACGCUUCUUCAUUUGUCUCCGCCGUUCAGUCUGUCAGGUGAAGAUAUGGUCUGCUUAUGCCAGGCUCUGCGACGGCUUACGGACCAUGCCUUGCAACUCGGCUUGCACAUUUCCUUUGAAAACCCUGCGAGAUCAGGACUUUGGACGUCAGCCCAGAUGGCCCCUGUGUUCAGCUCGCGAUUCCGAGAUGUGAGUUUCGACUUGUGCAUGCAUGGAGGUCACCAAAAUCGACGGGUUCGCCUGUCCAGUACUCUUGACCUCUUUGGGCCGUUGGCCAUCCAGUGCUCUGGUUCACAUAAGCAUGCUUCAGAUGCUGCCUUGCAUCCGUCUGAGAGAGGAGCCUACCCUUGGCUCCUAUGUCACCGCCUUUGUGACCAGUUGUCUCAAUUGUCUGCCGGGGCUUCUACCUCUGCCUCUUUGUACGGGCCUCAUUCCAGCUUGUUGCGGUUGGCCUUGGAUCGACAAGGCCGCCGGAAGAGGGCUUUAGUCUCGGAGUUUCGCGAUUAUGACGCUUGGAGUGUGGCGCCCGAGCUCGACGCCGAUAGAUCUCGUAUCCUGGCUUUGUACCCCAAAGGUGCUCGCAUUGUCCGUCGCAAACUUUGCAAGGGGGCGGAUAUUAAGGUUUGCCACGUGCCUUCCACUUCGUCACCUUUGCCUGGGUCUUUCCUUCAGGAUUGGCGGAUUGGUUCAGGGUCUGUGGUUUCCGAUGGAGUGCAGGUUUGCGGGGCAAAAGCUUCCUUGUUGCCAGAUCAGACUGUCGAAGUCGCAUGGAUUGGCAUUCCCCGUGAACCCUUGGACUUCCUUUCCGAGGCCUCGAAAGCUGGGCACCCAAAAUGUUUUCUAGAUCAGGAUGUGCCAAGUCUUGAUUUGCUAGUUGAAAACUUGUUGGGUGACGUGCCUUGUGACGAGUCCCUGGACCGCUUGCUUGAGUGGGAGACUCUCUCCAAACGAACGAAAUCAGUUGAAGAUGAGGCUCGCUUGUCUUGGCCUCCCCACGUGCAGGAAGUCCUGAAAGGUAAAAACACUGAACUUCUGAAGCAACUCUUGCAGGAAUAUGAUUACCCUGACGUCAAAGUGGUUGACCACAUGAGAGAGGGUUUUCGGUUGUCCGGUUGGGUUUUCCGAACAGGCGUUUAUCCGGUUGAGGCUAGGCCUCCAGCCACCACCAUGAAGAGACAGUUGGCCUCAGCCAGACCCCGGAAUUUGGCGACAUUGGCAAAGCUUCGUUCGCAACCGCUUGAUGAUGUCACACAACGUGCCUGGGAAGAAACACAAGCCGAGGUUGACCGAGGUUGGAUAUUCGAAGUGCCUUGCUGCGCAGCCCGUUGUACUGCUCGGACCGCCCAAUCGGGUGGUUGCACUAAGGACUUCUCCGCGUGCCUUGGAAUAGGUGGUGUCUUGAUUGCCAGACGCUUUGGCUUGAGACAGACCGACAAAGUUAGGGUGAUCGAUAAUUGCAAAUCUUCGGGUUACAACCAGACCAUUGGCCUUCCUGAGCGCUUCCGACUUCAUGGCAUUGAAUUCUUGUGCGCAUUGAUCGUGCGUGCUAUGAAGGACGCCAGGUCCCUCGUUACCCCGAUUUUGGGGCGCACGUUCGACUUGACAGCUGCAUACAAGCAGUAUGCAGUGCACAGCGAGGAUAGGGCCAUUAUGCGGAUUGGAGCUCGCGACACAGACACUGGCGCUGUGCGCCUCUAUGGUGUCAACUCUCUACCGUUCGGCGCCACUGGAUCAGUGGCUGGCUUCCUCCGAACGUCAGCUGCAUCCUGGUUUCUAGGCUGUCGUGCUUUGCGGUUGGCUUGGGUUAAUUACUUUGACGAUUACCCUUGUCUCUGCAAAGCAUCUGCGCAUGCCCACGUCGACAGGAUCGUAGAUCGUUUCUUCGGUCUGCUGGGAAUCCUGUACGCUUGUGAAGGUCGCAAAGCUGUUCCUUUCGCAAAGACUUUUAAAGCAUUAGGGAUUUUGGUGGACCUUGAAAAUUUUUGCUCGGGGGAGGUCACUCUCAAACACACGCCUGAGAGAAUUGCAUCCCUCAGUGCCAGUCUCCAAAGUGUAUUGGAUAGUGAUUGCUUGAGUCAGCCCGAAGCCGAUCGACUAAGAGGCAAGCUCCACUGGUUUGCUUCUUUCUUGUUUGGACGCAGGUCGUGCCUUGCUCUACAGGUUUUGAGCAGACGUGCAAAGGGCCUUGGAAGUUCAACGAAGCUUGACCCAGAGCUAAGAGAAGCAUUGGUCUACUUGAAGGAUGUUGCGUUGCAUGCUGAGCCCGUGAAGCUCACUCGACAAGUCGGCCGAACUUUCUUGAUUUUUACCGACGGAAGUCUGGAAGGCUCGACCGCCGGACUCGGAGGAGCACUGUUCGAUUCUUCUGGAAAGGCGUUGUCAUAUUUCAGCUUGAACUUGCCUGCCUCGUCAGUUGAGAAACUCCGGUCAGCAUCGAAGCAUCCUAUCUACGAGAUCGAGAUGCUAGCCGUGUGGGCAGCUCUUUCUGCCUGGUCGCAUUUGUUGAGCAACUCAUACACGGUGAUGUAUCUUGAUAACGAAGCUGCUCGUGGAGCUUUCGUUGCAUGCAAAUCCGGAACAGCUGCAGGUGCGCGCAUCCUCAAUGGAUGUUUGGACUUUGAAGAGGCUUCCAGGUUGCGGAUAUGGUUUGGUCGUGUGCCAACCCAUUCAAACAUCGCAGACGCACCUAGUCGCGGCGAUUGUGCACAGUUGGUUUCUUUGGGAGCCACUCGUGUGCAAGUGUCGGGCCCGUUCCCGCUUUGA